AUGUAUGUGUUAUGGAAAUUGCAGGGCAAGUUGCUUCCACAAGGACAAGAAAUUGCAGUGAAAAGGCUGUCCAAAAUUUCCAGGCAAGGGUUGAAUGAGUUCAAAAACGAAAUUUCAGUAAUUUGCAGGCUCCAGCACAGGAAUUUGGUUAGGCUUUUGGGAUGUUGCAUUGAAGCAGAAGAAAGUAUACUAAUUUAUGAGUACAUGCCCAACAAAAGCCUGGAUUCUUUCAUUUUCGAUUCAACCAAACGGGUGCUUUUGGAUUGGAGAAAGCGCAUGAACAUUAUCGAAGGGAUUGCUCAAGGUCUUCUGUAUCUUCAUAAAUACUCAAGAUUACGGAUCAUUCACCGCGAUAUGAAGACCAGUAAUAUUCUGUUGGACUAUGACAUGAACCCAAAAAUAUCGGAUUUUGGCAUGGCACGAAUUUUCGGGGAUAAUGACACCAGGGGACAAACAAAUCGGGUUGUUGGUACAUUACAGAGAUGUGUAAUUAACGCAUUUUCACCUAUCAUUGUUAGUGGUUACAUGUCUCCGGAGUACGCUGUGGAUGGUCGUUUUUCUGAAAAGUCAGAUGUAUUCAGCUUUGGAGUUAUGUUAUUUGAGAUCAUAAGUGGCAAGAAGAAUAUAGCCUUCUUUGAGGCUGAUCACUCCCUAAACUUGCUAGGCAUCGCUUGGAAUUUGUGGAAAGAAGGCAAGAGCAUGGAGUUGAUGGACUCAACAUUGAGCAGUUCUUGUUCAAGCAGUGAAGUCACCAGAUGCAUUCAGAUGGGUCUUUUGUGUGUGCAAGAAAAGGCUAUGGACCGACCAACCAUGUCGGAUGUUGUUUCGAUGCUAAGCAACGAAACAAUGGCUCUGCCUCUUCCUAAAGAACCUGCAUUUUUUAGUCGAUCCAGUGAUGCAGAAUCAUCUUCAAGUAGGAAAAGAUGUCACUCUGGAAAUGACAUAACAAUUUCAGACGUAGAUGGUAGGUAG